AUGUCCAGCUCCUUCGGCUCCUUGAACAGCCAGAAAGGCACACCUUUGGUCAACUCAGCUAAUUCGACAAUGCUACAUGCUCGUAUCAUGACAAAGUCUCCAUCGGCGACAGUCUCGGAAGAGACCUAUGAAGAGUCCGAUGCGAGGAAAAAAGAGCGCAUGGAAGCACAUCAAUUACGUCGCACCUUGGAGAAGAUCGAUCAGAAGGACGAUGAGCAAAGAAUACAUAAUGCUGCGAAGAGCGAAGCUGCGGAUCUUGUAUGGAAGCACCAGAACCCAUCUCUUGCCGAGGUUGAGAAAACAGCUGCGUAUAGGAACCCUGAUCUGGAUCAACUAAAGCAAGGUGAGUUCGCUCAUGCUAUGAAACCUACAAGGAUGGUCGUGGCUGCCAUGCCAGAUUCCCGAUCAGCCUCUGGAGGCCCGAUGGCACCGACAAACAGCCAGAGGCAACGGCUCCCCUGGUUAAGAGGAGGACAAAAGACCGAGACACCUACAUCCUUGCCGCAGAUGAAUAGGGCCGGUCCUGCCCGCGAAACAAUUCUGCAAAGGGGUAUGCGGAAGGUCAGUGGUAAACGCCAGGUCAGUAGCGGUUCAAGCAAAGGAGUGUUCAGAAAUCCAGAAGACGAGAUCUACGAAGAGCCCGAAGAGUCAAAACCAGUAGUCGAACCGCCUCUCAAGCAAGAGCUUCCUUUACGGUCUUGUCAGACCAACUCGAUACCUCGAGGGACCAGGCCUCUGCCCGAGAAGUCUUUUACCGACCCCCUCCUGAGCAGCGCAAGACUUAACAGAACCGAAAUGCACAAGAGUGACCCAAGUCAAACACAAAACGCAGGAUAUAUCUUUACCCGUGCUCUUCCUAAAACACCCAUCAAGGAGCCAGAGGUCGAACUCGACGACAGUCCGAGAUACAAGGACGGAAUAGAAAUCCGAAGUGACGAUAUCAGAGCUGCAACGAGUAUGAGGAAGAGUGAUCGAAGCCCAAAUCUGCCUACACCUACUGCUGUAAGUGAUAGGUUAGGUCGACCUAUUGUCAGCUUUGAUCCAAAGUGGAAACCAGGAUCGGAUUCUCCACGGAACAGCCAGGACACGGAAAGACCACGAGCACGCAAAGAGGAUGGCAGUAGGUCGUAUCCUAUACAGCCUGAACCCGACGUCCCUGAGAUCACGAUCAUGGAAGAUCCAAGAAGUCCAGCACUUCAGCGCGAGACCGGAGCUGUUCCUGCUGUAUGUGUGCAACCUCCACCUCUAAUAGUCGAGCCAUCAGUUGACGUCCCAGACACCACAGCGCAGAGGCCGGCACAAAUGUCUAUACCUCAGAUCAAUCUACCGGAAGAAGAUUCGCCUCAGUCGUCAAUUCCUGCGAUCACUAUUGAGCCAGAAAUAUUACCAAGUCGACCUCUACCUACAAUCAAUAUACCAAACAGCAGCAGCUCCAGCAGACCUCUUCCACCUAUGCAUACACAAUCUUCACCCUCUAAGCUACCAGCUUCGAGGCCAACAAAGUCCGAGGCGGCCUCACGCGUUCCCUGGCUCUCCAGAACACCAACAUCUGUCACAGGCUUAGGCUUGGAGUGUGUUUCGUUCUAUCCCGAACCAGAAAAUGCUCGUUUCGAGCGAUAUCAAGCUGCCUUUCCCCAACUCGACCCGGCCGAUAAGGAGAUCCAGGUACAUGUCAAAGGCAACGAAGACCUACGCUUCUUCUGUCACCUUGACUACCACGAACUCUUCUCCCCACGAUGUCACAACUGCAAAACCCCUAUCGAAGGCGCUGUGGUUCUAGCUCUAGGACGACACUACCAUCAGGACCAUUUCUUCUGCGCAGAGUGCGGUGACCCCUUCACCUCAGAGAGUCCCUUUGUUGAGCACAACAAUUAUCCUUACUGCGUGUCGUGUCACACGAAGCGAACAUCGUCAAGGUGUAGAUCAUGCCGGCAACCUAUUCUGAAUGAGAUGACCAUAGAGGCAUUGGGCGGUAAGUGGCACGAUGCCUGCUUCGUGUGCUGCGAUUGCGGAGGCGACUUCGGUGAUGAAGGCCGCUUCUUUGUCAGAGAGUUCGAGGUUGAGCUGACUGAGAAGGAGAAGAGGAAGGGUUUCGGACCGAAGAUAGAAGAGAGAGCUGCUUGUCAGGCGUGUGAGGAGAGGCGUGUAAAGAACGUCAAUAUCUUCCUGUAG